GUCCCGGGGAAAAAGGGAGGUGUCCGGGCUCGGAGGGAGGAUCGAGCGGUCCUCGCGGCGAUCGGGCCCUACUUGCCUCGGUCGGAGAGCGUGAGUCUGAGCUGGACCCCUGACGACGCGCGGUGCGGCUGGCUCAGUCAUGGCGGACUACUGGAAGUCACAACCAAAGAAAUUCUGUGAUUACUGCAAGUGCUGGAUAGCAGACAAUAGGCCUAGUGUUGAAUUUCAUGAAAGAGGAAAGAAUCAUAAGGAAAAUGUGGCAAAAAGGAUCAGUGAGAUUAAGCAGAAAAGCCUGGAUAAGGCAAAGGAAGAGGAAAAGGCAUCAAAGGAGUUUGCUGCAAUGGAGGCAGCUGCCCUGAUAGCAUACCAAGAGGAUUUGAAAAGGCUUGGCUUAGAGUCAGAAAUUUCAGAGCCAAGCAUAUCACCAGUAACCAGUGCUAUCCCACCCACUUCUACAUCAAAUCAACAGAAAGAAAAAAAGAAAAAAAAAAAAGAUCCUUCAAAAGGCAGAUGGGUAGAAGGCAUAACCUCUGAGGGUUACCAUUACUAUUAUGAUCUUAUCUCCGGAGCAUCUCAGUGGGAGAAACCUGAAGGCUUUGAAGGAAACUUAAAAAAGAUAGCAGGGAAGACCAUUUGGGUAGAAGGUUUAAGUGAAGAUGGUUAUACCUAUUAUUAUAAUACAGAAACUGGAGAAUCCAGAUGGGAGAAACCUGAUGAUUUCAUGCUGCACACUGGUGAUCUGCUUUUGAGUAAGGUCAGUGAAAAGCCACUUGGCAACAUAGAAGAAUCCAAAUCAUCAGAUUUAUGCAGUGAGCCUAAUGGGAAACAGGAAGCAGAAGGAAAAGAGGUCUCUACAGAAACAAAAAUACCAAAAAUAAAGUUUAAGGGGGAAAAAAAUAGUGACGAAGGAACUGACCCAGAAACACAGAAAAAAAAGAGUAUUCAAAAACAGAAUUCAUUAGGUUCAAAUGAAGAAAAAUCCAAAACUCUUAAAAAAUCGAACCCAUAUGGAGAAUGGCAAGAAAUUAAACAAGAGGUUGAGUCUCAUGAGGAGGUAGAUUUGGAACUUCCAAACACUGAAAAUGAGUAUGUAUCAGCUUCAGAAGCUGAUGGUGGUGGGGAACCAAAAGUGGUAUUUAAAGAAAAAACAGUCACUUGUCUUGGAGUUGUGGCAGAGGGAGUUGCCCCAGUCUUCAAAAGGAGAAGAAUUGAAAAUGGAAAAUCUAGAAAUUUAAGGCAACGAGGUGAUGACCAGUAAUUACUAAGAGAGUUUUUUAUAUACGCUUUUGGGACAGAAUGAAGACUUACACAUCUUAAAACUUGUCUGUGUUUGUUUCCAAGUACUUUAAUGCUAAAAUUCAGAUUUAUUCUAUAUGUAUUUUAUGAAUUAAAAUAAAUCUGUUUCCAUGUGAAA